UCCUGCGAUUUUAUCUCCGAGUACAGAUGUCUCUUGUGUGCUGUGAACAAAGGUAGCGCCUAGAUGUCUUUCCCUAACAAAGCUGUUCAAAGGCAAUGGAAGACUUUGGAGACUGCUAUCAGAAAGGGAAAUAUCUCCCAAGUUUCUUCCAUCCUCGACGACAACCCCAAUCUUGCCUCCGCCCCCGGCCCACAUUCCUUGCUCCACAGCGCCGUGGACUCCGAAGGGAACUGCACUUCGUUGCUGCGAAAGUUGCUCGAUGCUGGAGUCCCGCCCAACACUCAAAGUCUGGCGACCAUCGGCGCUCUCCACCUCGCAGCGAUGAAGAGCUGCUUCAAUUGCAUGAAGCAACUACUCGACGCGGGCGCCGACAUUAACCUUAAGGACAUACAGGAUCGAACUCCUUUGUUUUACGCAGUCAAUAACAAUCGCGGCAAAAGUGGUCAGUGCAUACAGCUGCUCCUGGAGAAGGGCUCUUCAGUCAACGGUGUUUGUGAGGGCCGCAUCACGCCCCUUCACGUUGCUGCAGAGGUGGGCAACGUCACAGCUGCCCAGCUGUUGCUGAAGGCAGGGGCGUCCCAUGAUGCGAGAGACAAGGACGGCUGCACGCCCUUGCAUCUUGCCACGACUUCCGGCAUGGUGGAGGCACUGUUAGCAGGCGGAGCUGAUGUCACAGUAAAGGACAACGCCCUUCAGACGCCGCUGGAGAGAGUGAUCCAGUUCUACCCGACGGUCGCCCAGACGCUGCUUGACGCCGGCGUAGAAGUGCGCGGGAACCCGCAGGAAAAAGACCUUCGCGUCUUUUUCCAUUUGACCACCGUGACUGGUGGCAGCAGCCCAUGCGAAGUAGACAUAUUAGAUAAGAUGGCAGUGUAUGGUCACUACGAUCUUCUAAAGCAUCCUCUUUGCGAAAUAUUUCUCCACCUGAAGUGGUAUCACGUGAGACCGCUGUUCUACAUCAACUCUGUGAUGCGCAUUACCAUGAUCAUUGCUUUUUCGACAUACUUUACCCUACACCCAGAUUUCACUUGCCAACAGGACAGAUACAUCUGUAAUUGCACAGAACUUAUGAAAGGUCUUACUUACGAAAUAAAUUUUUGGAUCAUAUCCGCGAGGGUCGUGGCGGGGUUCCUCCUGGCUCUGGUGAUACUCGCGGCCGUCGUGCAAAUCCUGGCUCUCAGGCUUCUCUAUCUUCGGCGAGCAAGCGUGUGGCUGGGCUUCAUCUUUAAUAUAAGUGCCUUAUGUAUGAUCGUACAGGACUGUCAGCUUGGAUGGUGGGGCCAGCACAUAGGCGUACUCGCUCUCCUGACGGGGUGGGGCCAAGUUACCUUCCUCAUUUCCCUCACGCCGUUAGUGGGCAUCUAUUUGCAAAUGUUUAUUGCUGUGUCGCUCCGCAUGCUGAAGCUCACCGUAGUGUUCCUGCCGCUCUUCCUUGGCUUCGCUGCCGCAUUCAACCUCACCCUCCAAUGCCAAUACUUCGCGACGCCCGUAGCGGCCUUGCUCAAGACACUGGCCAUGAUGGUGGGCGACGUCAGUUUCAACGACAUCUUUAAUGAACCGGCCGGGCUCUUUCCUAGAACGAGGGAGAUCCUGUAUAUUGUCUACCUCUUGUUGAUGACUGUCACCGGCACUAACUUGUUAAUCGGCCUUGCCAUAGAGGACAUACAGGUACAGAUGGCGCAAGCGAGUGCUAGCCGCCUUGCUCUUACGGUCCGACUAGAAAUGUACAUCGACGAAUUUUUCAACUCUUCUUUCUUCACGAAUUACUCGUCGUCGUCUCUGCUCCAUGCGCUGAAGGAUAUAACGUCCCUGCUGCCGAACCUGCCCGAGAAGAGGUUUAGCGUCGGUCACAGAGACUCUCGACGCAGGGACUACAUCGAAGACUUGAGCGCGCAGGGGACGGCAGCAGGAUCAGCAAGAAAAGAGGCACAGAAAUACUACAACGUGUUCAUCUGCCCCAACCGCUCCAAGAAGCCCGGUCGAGUGUACAGGGGCCUCACCCCCAACGAGUUCGCGGGGGAAGGCUACUUCGAACGCUCGGCCGGAUACUCCCUCCCUCCGUGGAUAGUAAGGAACACCAAGGACCUCAUCAUGUCGACUCGGUUCAAGAGGAAACAGGAAAUGGGGGAGGAAGGAGGAGCAGCAGCGGAGGGAGGCAGAGGAGGGGGGGCAGAAGAGAGAGGCAGAGGAGGAGGAGCAGAAGAGGGAGGCAGAGCAGGAGGAGAGGAGCAGAAGAAGAAAACAUCUGUUCAAGAUAGUUCAGAUAUCCCUUAGAUAUAAUAAACUGGUAGGAAAUCAAUUAUGUAGACGUGAUCUGACAUCCUUGUAUGAUAUAUGAAAAGUUAAUUGGUUUCUUAACCCCUUGGUGCCGGGUAUGACGUGUACGUACGUGCUAUGCCCACCGUGAGUACUUGUUUGAUUGUUUUUAUGCAUAGAUGGCAGCACUUGUACUAACUCCCCAAUGAGCCAGUUACGAGCACCGCCCGUCUCGCCCGUUUACCCGUUUCUUUGAUUUACAAAAUAUUUUGACGUAAUCUUAUUUUGCUGUUACUAAUGUUAAAGAAAUUAUAAUAUAAAAAUUAUAAUGUUUAUGAUAAAAAUAACACCAUCGAUUUUCAUAGCACUAGUGAAAAAUACGUUUUUCCCGCCAUUUAAAUCAGGCGCUAGCAGAGCCAUCUAUCGGCAGACAUUUCACGAAAAACAUAGAAAGUGGGCACAAUAUUUUCCCCAUUUUUUGUUCAUUUUCCCCGGCACCAUUGGGUUAACCCCAUCUGCACGGGUGACAAGAAAACAUGUAAUACAAGUUUAUUUAUUGUAAGUGCCCAGUCACCAAGGAGUCCGUUAUUAGUCGUACCUAUCUCACCUGUUUACCCAUUUCUUUGACUUCUGGAGAGGGUCUUUUGUAUUAUUUAAUUGUCUUAAAUGUUAUCAAGAAUCUAAUAACAAUUCAAUUAUCCUAAUAGCAAUAACAAUAAUAAUAGAAUCAAUAUCAAUAGUAUUAGAAAGAAAAACACAUUUUCCCCCCAACUCAAGGAAUGAGAAAAUAAGGAUCGGUCACUAGGGCCUACUGAUAGACUCCUUGCCGUCUGAGCACAUGAAGAGCCAUCUGUAUGUAACAAAAUUUACAAGGAACCACAGGGAACAGACCGUAAACCUGUGGUGGUUGGGCUAAGGAUUUGUCUCACAAUAAACAUAUGAUAGCGGUAAAAAAAUGUCUUGAUUAUCAAACACAAAAAAGAAAAAGAAUUUGGAUUAAGCAUCAAGAUCACUGAAUGUAUGGUUAAUGAAAAGUGUGCAA